GACCCUCUUCUCUUUUUCAAAAGGUGUGCAAGCUACACAGAACUAAAAAAUCUAACACGUGUCUCAGAAUUCUUCCUCCUGGGACUCUCAGAUGAUCCAGAACUACAUCCUGUGCUCUUUGGGCUGUUCCUGUCCAUGUACUUGGUCACCAUGUUGGGGAACCUGCUCAUCAUCUUGGUAGUCAGCUCUGACUCCCACCUCCACAGCCCCAUGUACUUCUUCCUCUCUAACCUGUCCUUGGCUGACAUGGGUUUCACCUCCACCACCAUCCCCAAGAUGAUUGUGGACAUCCAAACUCACAGCAGAGUCAUCUCCUAUGUGGGAUGCCUGACUCAGAUGUCUUUUUUUAUGCUUUUUGGAUGUUUGGAUAGUCUCCUCCUGACAGUGAUGGCCUAUGACCGGUUUGAGGCCAUCUGUCACCCCCUGCACUACUCCGUCAUCAUGAACCCACGCUUUUGUAGCUUGUUGGUUUUGAUGUCACUUUUCAUCAGCCUUUUGGUCUCCCAGAUGCACAAUGCGAUUGUCUUACAACUUAAUUACUUCAAAGAUGUGGAAAUUUCUCAUUUCUUUUGUGACCCUUCUCAACUCCUCAAUCUUGCCUGUUCUGACACAUCCACUAAUAAUGUAGUCAUGUAUUUGGUUGGUGCCAUCUCUGGUUUUCUCCCUAUCACAGGGAUCCUUUUCUCUUACUAUAAAAUUGUUUCCUCCAUUCUUAGGGUCCCCUCCUCAGGUGGGAAGUAUAAAGCCUUCUCCACCUGUGGCUCUCACCUGUCCAUUGUUUGCUUAUUUUAUGGAACAGGCCUUGGGGUUUACCUCAGUUCUGCUGUCUCACUGUCUCCCAAGAAUGAUGCGGUGGCCUCGGUGGUGUACACUGUGGUCACCCCUAUGCUGAACCCCUUCAUCUACAGUCUGAGGAAUAGAGACAUCAAAAGAGCCAUGCAGAGGCUCCUCAGCAAAACAAUCUAA